AUGCCGAUAACAAUAAAAUAAAUCUUAUGUCAAUUUUACACACAAAACUAACUUAAUUAUUAAACUUUAUGAACAAAAAAUAGGACAAUAUAUUUAGCUAAAUUUACAAUAUGUUAUUUUGUAUAUUGUGAUGAAUUCUUGUUGCGGUAACGAGUUAAUGUUCGGUUCUGUUGUAGACGAAAUAGUGUCGACUUAUAAAGAUCAAAUUUUAUAUUUACUUAGUUAUUUAAAAUAUUUUAGCAAUAAUUUCGGCCCUCUAAUAUUUAUUAUCGUUGUAUUGGUAUCCGUAAUCAUUAUAAGCGUUAAGUUUUCGACGCGAACACACAAAACCAAAUACUAUAAAAAGUAAAAGUAAUGCAAUCAUUUCAAGUGUGUGAGAUCUGAGCGGAACUCUGGAAGGGCGAGUUUCGUCGCGUCAGCAUCAGCAGCAAGCGGGGAGGCGGUAUCCCCGGGCCCGGCGGCCGAGGACGCCGCCAUGAAAGGCGUCGAAGCUACACCCGAAGAACAGGAGAGAUUAGCGACCGGAAAUAACAAUGGCUCUCUCGUCGCGAAGCUGCCGCCGAGGUCACAGCAGGCGCAUCCGCGCUCUGCUUUUUACUCGACUCGAGUUUUCAUGCUGGUCUUCCUGUCGGGCUGGGUGCUCCAGGGAAUGUUCCUCACGUAUUUCGUGAGCGUGACGACUACCCUAGAGAAGCUAUAUAAAGUUGAAUCGAAGACGACAGGAACUUUACUGGCCGCUACGGAGAUCGGACAAAUAUGUACGGCGUUAUUCUUGACGUACUUAGCGGGGCGCGGACACAGACCGCGCUGGAUCGCCUGCAUGAUGAUGGUGCUGGCCGUGGGUGUGAUAGGGUGUGUCAUGCCGCACUUAUUAUACGGCACCGAGCUGCUGAAUGUCCACAUAGACGGUCAGAUAGCCGGCGCGGCACCCCUAUGCAACGUCUACAACAACUUCACGUUGUGCAACUCCGAUCAAAUUAAAGUGACGGAAACGCGCUCGUCUAUAACCGCCGUCGUGAUACCGUGGCUCUUCAUCUGUCUCUUGGUAGUUGGCGUGGGACAAACCGGCAUCGCAACGCUCGGAAUACCUUACGUCGAUGACAACGUAGGCAGCAGACAGUCCCCUCUUUACAUGGCUAUCACGAUUGGCAUCAGGGUGAUCGGACCGGCGCUGGGAUUCAUGCUCGGUGCGUUUUGCACGAGAGUCUACGUCAAUCCUCUAGUCGAUCCAGGAUUCGAUUCCAGCAACCCGAAAUGGGUCGGCGCAUGGUGGCUCGGAAUGGUGUUCAUCGCCGGUUUCAUCGUGAUGCUAUCGUGUCUGAUGUUCUUCUUUCCGCGUCAGAUCAAACCCGAACCGAUCCAAUUGCAGAUGAAGAAGACCAAAGAGAAGCGAGAGCCGUUCGUCAAAGAUUUCUUCGCGGCGAUUAAGAGGCAGAUUACGAACGACAUUCUGAUGUGGAGGACGGCCAGCUCCGUGUUGCAUCUGAUGCCGAUCAGUGGAGUUUACAGUUUCCUACCCAAGUAUUUGGAGAAGCAGUUCCGACUCCCGACGCACGAUGCCAAUCUUGUGUCUGCUCUCGGUGGUAUCCUGGUGAUGGGACUCGGCAUAAUAACGUCGGGAGUUGUCAUACUGAAGCUUGUACCGUCCGCAAGACAGGUGGCCGCUUGGACUGCUGCCACAGCCGCCAUUUAUAGUGCCGGCAUGGUGGCGCUGAUGUUCGUGAGUUGCCCAGAGAAGAGUUACCGGUACCUGAGCGCGACUUCCGACAGCGCCCUGCCCUGCAGCAUGGCGUGUCACUGCGAUAACGCCUCCUUCAGCCCCGUCUGUGGACAGGAUUCUUACACGUAUCUCUCGCCCUGCCAGGCCGGCUGCAUGGGAAGCAUGCAGCUCGACAACAAUACAUUCUUGUAUUAUAAUUGUUCGUGUAUCAACGGAAGUGCGACAACCGAUCUGGGGAAGCUGUACGAUCUGCACAACAGAACGUUCCAGGAGCUGGCGGCGCCCGAGGGGUACGCGGUGAGCGGGGAGUGCGGGGUGCCGUGCUCGCAGAUCUACGUGUUCAUCGCCAUCUUCGCGGCCAUCAUGUUCGUGCACGCCAGCGGGGAGGUCGGCGCCGUGCUGCUCAUCAUCCGCUGUACCGACAAGCACGACAAGGCGAUGGCGAUGGGCGUGAUCCAGUUCGCCAUCGGCGUGUUCGGCAACGUGCCGUGCCCCAUCGUGUUCGGCGCGGCCGUGGACGCCGCGUGCCGCCUGCGGGACUACGCGUGCGGCGAGCUCGGCGCCUGCGUCUUCUACGACACGCACUCCUUCAGAUACUUCUACCUGGGCCUCUCGGCAGCGAUCAUGUUCCUCGCCUUCAUAAUGGACCUGCUGGUGUGGAGUAAGGCGGGGCGGAUCGACAUGAACCCCAGCGAGGCGGGCGGGCCCCCCCUCCCCACGCUGGCGGCCUCACCCCCCGCGCCGCCCUCGCCGGACCACGUGCUGCUCGCAGCGCCCACCGACACGCAGCUGUGACGUCACUGUUCAUACGAGUCGCACUUCUAGUGGUGGCCGUAUCGAUAACGUAUGUUUUAUGAUACUUUCUACUUUCAACUAGUGUUGAGCGAAAUCGGUCACGUCGACAUAGCAUUGUCCCGCGGCUCCCUCCCCGAACCAAGUAGCUGUAUGACGCGCAUCUGUGACGUCACUGCUUGUAAGCAUUUCAUCUCUAGGGGUAACACCUUAUCAUUUAUAUUGUUGGUUAUCUAUAUCCUAUUAGUGCAUUAUUUGAACAAAUAUACCUUAUUAUACACAAUAUUAAUAUGAUUUUUAAAAUAAUUAAUCGAUAUUAUUUGUUAAUUUUAAAGGUUUUAUUCAUCAUUUUUGUUAAACAGAAUCGACAAAAUUUGCCUUCAAAAUUUUGCGUCACCUAGAUAUUUAGAUAAGAUUAAGGAUAUAGAAACCAAUAAAAAUCGAUAUCCAAUGUUUCGGUACGUUUCCGCUUCUCAUGUUUUACAUUGUCUUUGUCGAUAACUCGUUACUAAAACAAACGGCUAGCAAGAAUAGCUUAGAAAGUACAAUAAUAUUAUUUAUAUCCCAAAACCAUGAUGCGAUAUUCGAAAUGAACGACCAAACUCUAUAACAAUAUAUAUUGUAUAAUUUAAUAUCGAUAUUUUUAUCGAUUCAUUAUUCGCCUAUAGUAAAAUAUUUAAUCGAUAUGUGCUGUAUGUACUGCUCAAUAUAACACGCAUAAUAAUAAUGAAUUUAGAUACAUUUUUUUAAUGUAUAGAAGUAUAUACUUUUAAAUAAAAUACUAAGUAAUAUAAAUUUUAAAUAUACAUAGGUUAUAUUAUUAUGGUUUGUGUGACUACGAAGUAUCGAUAAUGUGCUACUUUUAAAUAUCGAUAAUCUUAAAAGCAAAAUUAAACUCAAUUAGGAAAAUUUUUCGAGAGUAGCAUCAUAAAUAUUUUAAUGGAAACGAUUUAUUCGAUCUAAUUUUUUUUUGUUGUUUAAUAAGAUUCGCUUUAAAACGAAAUCAUCACGAUACCUAUUAUUAUUAGGGUAAUAAUGGUUUUUGCUGUUAUUCAAUUGUGGUUUUUACAUAUUUCGUAGUGAAAAAUUUUACUCUGGGACUGAGUUGUUUUGUUUUUAAUGUUAGUUUUAUAUUGUGUUUCAAUGUCAAACCUCAUUAUAGGAACAAAUAUUUCAUCGCGCUUAUUCGGUACACUGACCGACGUAUUAAAUGUCGUCCUUAUAACAACAUCAAAAACGUUAAUCUACAAAAUUUCAUUAGAAAUUGUCGUUAGCGCGAUUCAGAUUUUAACCAAAUUCCAAAUAAGGAGAUGAAAAAAAAAUUUUUUUUUCUCGAUAAACUUACUUACCACUCUAAACAUCUGAAACUUAACAGUGUCUUUCUGAAUGCCCCGUUUUUGAAUAUGAAAACAAUUUUUGAAGGAUUUUUACGCAAUAACAUUUACUAUUGUAAGCAAUGUCUGUCCUAAUAGAGUUAAGUUUAUUGAGAGACAUAAAUAUACAUAACCUUAAACGUAGUGUUACACUGAAUCGAGAUAUCGAAAGUCGUUCAACACGAACAAAUCCAAAGAAAAUAUUUAUAGUUUGUGAUAAUUUAAUACAUAUAAAUACUGUAGAAAAAGCGACAAAUACACGAAUUUAUUUCUAAAGUGAUAAAAGCAAAAGUAGAUUUCGUAACAAGAUACUACUAAACAAUACAAGUACUAUCAUAUUUUUAUUGGUGGUAGGACCUUUUGUGAGUCCGCGCGGGUAGGUACCACCACCCUGCCUAUUUCUGC